UUUUUGCACGGCAUGGGUCCGUGAAGUCCUCUAUAAAAGCCUUAACCUCCUCGCUGCCAUUCGCAACAAUUAAUAUUGUAAUAGUUGAUAAUAAUUAAGAUGGGGCUGUUCCUUCAGGUGUUGACGGUGUUAGUGAUAACGGUUUCGCUGCAAGGAUGGGUGCCUCUUGGUUGCUUGGAGGAAGAGAGGAUCGCUCUGUUGCACCUCAAAGAUUCUCUUAACUAUCCCAAUGGCACCUCCCUUCCCUCCUGGAUAAAAGCUGACGCCCACUGUUGUGAUUGGGAAAGUAUUGUCUGCAACAGCAGUACAGGUCGAGUCACCAGACUCUAUCUUGACAGCGUAAGGAACCAGGAACUGGGAGAUUGGUACUUGAAUGCCUCCUUGUUCCUUCCUUUCCAACAACUCUACGCUCUCCACUUGUGGAAUAAUCGUAUAGCUGGUUUGGUCGAGAACAGAGGUGGUUAUGAACUAUCAAGAUUGAGCAAUUUGGAGAUCCUUGACUUGGGAUCUAAUCGCUUUGAUAACAAUAUUUUAUCAUCUAUGAAGGGGCUUUCAUCUCUUAAAUUAUUAUAUUUAGAUUAUAAUAGACUUGAGGGGUUAAUAGAUUUGGAAGAAUCUUUGAGCAGCUUGGAGACCUUGUAUUUGGGCGGCAACAAUAUUAACAAAUUGAUAGCCUCAAGAGGUUCAAGCAAUUUGAGUACUCUAUACCUAGAGAAUAUCACAACCUAUGGAAGUAGCUUCCAGUUACUGCAAUCAUUAAAAGUAUUCCCAAACCUCACGACACUUUAUCUGAGGUACAACGAUUUUAGAGGGAGAAUAUUAGGUGACGAGUUGCAGAAUUUGAACUCCUUGGAAGAGUUGGAUCUAGGCUAUUGUUCUCUAGAUGAACACUCCCUUCAAAGUCUUGGAGCAUUGCUUUCUCUAAAACAAUUGUCAUUGCAAAAUCUCAAUGGCACUGUACCUUUUAUAGGAUCAUUCCCAAACCUCGUGGCACUUCACUUGGAAGGCAAUGAUUUUAGAGGAAGAAUAUUAGGGUUGCAGAAUUUAAGCUCAUUGGAAGAGUUGUAUCUAGACGGUUGUUCUCUAGAUGAACACUCUCUUCAAAACCUUGGAGUACUGUCUUAUCUAAAAUAUCUGUUAUUGCAAGAACUCAAUGGCAUUGUACCUUUUGGAGGCUUUCGUGAUCUCAAGAACUUGGAAUACUUGGAUUUGAGUUACAAUACUCUCAAUAAUAGCAUCUUCCAAGCCAUCGGAACGAUGACCUCUCUUAAAACUUUAAGGUUGCAGAGUUGUAAUUUAAAUGGUCAAUUACCUACAACCCAAGGCUUCCUUGAUCUCAAGAACUUGGAAUACUUGGAUUUGAGUUACAAUACUCUCAAUAAUAGCAUCUUCCAAGCCAUCGGAACGAUGACCUCUCUUAGAACUUUGAUUUUGCAGAGCUGCAGAAUAGAUGGUCAAAUACCUACAACCCAAGGCUUCUUUAAUCUCAAGAACUUGGAAUUCUUGGAUUUAAGUUCCAAUACUCUCAGUAACAACAUCUUACAAACCAUCAGAACGAUGCCCUCUCUCAAAACUUUAUGGUUGCAGAAUUGUAGUCUAAAUGGCCAAUUACCUACAACCCAAGGGAAUGAAAUAUACGCAGAAGAAGAUGAUCAUAAUCUCACCCCAAAGUUCCAGUUAGAGUCCCUCUCUUUGAGCAAUGGUGGACAAAAUACGAGAGCAUUUCCCAAGUUCCUUUACCAUCAGUUCAGCCUACAAUCUUUGGAUCUUACAAACAUCCAAAUAAAGGGAGAGUUUCCAAAUUGGUUGAUUGAGAACAACACAUACCUCAAACUUCUUUCUUUAGAAAACUGUUCUCUUUCAGGUCCAUUCUUGUUGCCAAAGAGUUCUCAUGUGAAUUUGUCAUUCCUAAGUAUAUCAAUGAAUCACUUCCAAGGACAAAUCCCUUCAGAAAUUGGAGCUCAUUUUUCAGGGUUAGAAGUUUUAUUGAUGUCUGAUAAUGGUUUCAAUGGAAGCAUUCCUUCCUCAUUAGGUAACAUGAGCUUGAUGUACGAGUUAGACUUGUCCAACAACAGUUUGCAAGGGCAAAUCCCUGGAUGGAUUGGGAAUAUGUCUUCUCUUGAAUUCUUGGACCUAUCAAGGAACAAUUUAUCUGGUCCUUUACCACCUAGAUUCGGCACUUCUUCAAAAUUAAGAGAUGUUUUUUUGUCUAGAAAUAGGUUGCAAGGACCGAUCGCAAUGGCAUUUUCUGACUCCUCUGAGAUAUUCGCAUUAGAUCUUUCCCAUAAUGAUUUAACUGGUAGAAUUCCAGAAUGGAUUGACAGGCUAUCUAACUUGAGAUUUCUACUCUUGAGUUAUAACAAUCUUGAAGGUGAAAUCCCAAUUCGAUUAUGCAGGUUGGACCAAUUAACCUUGAUUGAUCUUUCUCACAAUCACCUUUCUGGUAACAUCCUCUCUUGGAUGAUAUCUACUCAUCCUUUCCCACAACAAUACAAUUCUCAUAGUUCUAUGUCCUCAUCACAACAAUCCUUCGAGUUUACAACGAAGAAUGUAUCCCUUUCUUAUAGAGGCAGCAUUAUCCAGUACUUCACGGGAAUUGAUUUUUCAUUCAACAAUUUCACAGGAGAGAUUCCUCCUGAAAUUGGAAACCUCAGUAUGAUCAAGGCAUUGAACCUUUCGCACAACAGUUUGACCGGACCAAUUCCACCAACAUUUUGGAACUUGAAGGAAAUAGAGAGCUUGGAUCUUUCCUACAACAAAUUGGAUGGAGAAAUCCCACCUCGACUUAUUGAACUAUUUUCUCUAGAAGUUUUUAAUGUGGCUCACAAUAAUUUGUCCGGUAAGAUUCCUGCGAGAGUUGCACAGUUUGCCACGUUUGAUGAGAGUUGCUACAAGGACAACCCUUUUCUUUGUGGAGAACCGCUACCCAAAAUAUGUGGUGCGGCUAUGCCACCAUCACUAACGCCAACUUCAACGAACAAUAAAGAUAAUGGUGGCUUCAUGGAUAUGGAGGUUUUCUAUGUGACCUUUUGGGUUACAUACAUCAUGGUGUUGCUAGUGAUAGGAGCAGUUCUAUACAUAAAUUCAUAUUGGCAACGAGCUUGGUUUCACUUUAUUGAGGUGAGCAUCAAUAAUUGCUAUUAUUUUCUGGUGGACAAUCUUCCCAUUUUAUCCAAGUUUGGGUUUUCAUAGCCUUGAUGGUACCAAGACUUGGUGCAUCGUUGUGUAUUCUAGUUUUAAGAUUUAAACAAGUUUAAAAACAUGCUUAAGCGAUGUUGUAUUAAUUUAUACAGUUCCAUUUGGUUUUGUGGGUUUUU